AAAAUAUCCAUUCAGGGAAGUCCUUUGUGUGUAUUCGUUUCCAAAUGCCGUCCGUCCCCACGUUUGAGAUGUCAGGCAAGCCAGGACAGAGCUCAGGAAUCCAGGAUGAUGAAGUUCGAGGAAGAAAAUCAAAUCAGAUGUCCCCUUGUCAGCCGUCGAGCCCCCAAAACCAGAAAGUCUUUUAUUAUAAGGUGAUUUUCUGUGCUGCUGUAUUCAGGACCCAACAAGACGACUGGGAACUGGGGCUGCCCUGAGUCGGGUCAGCCUGGGGUCAGAGGCCCCUCCUGGGGGACGCUCGGCCCCACGACCCCGGGGGACCCCGGCCCCCCCAGCCUCUCCCCGACACAGGCCCUUUCUGCGGUGAGAUGCAGAAGAACAUGCUCGCUGCAGAGAGACGCUCUCCAGGUCCAACUACGCCAACUGCAGAAAUCACGUCAUUUCUGACCACCCCUCGUCCCUCGGCCCGAGGCCAGGAGGCAACGGCGUGCGGCUCUGCCCCCACCCUCGGACGGACCAAGCCGCCUCGGCCUCUGCCCUCCGUGACCCCUCUGACCUCGCCUCCAAGACAAGGCAUCUUGAGAGUACCCGCUAGGCCCCGACCCGCUGGCAGGAGCCGACGACAGGUGUGCGGGCGGCCAGGCCGCCUUCUUCUGGCUUCUCGAAGAAGAGUGACUUCUGAGCCGGUGGCUGGGCCACUGCCUCUGCUGCUCGGGGCCUCCUGCAGCCCCAGGCCCCGCCGCUCUCUGCGGCCACCGACACCCACUAUUGGUCUCAAUCCCUUCCCGCCUUCCAGAGUGUUCCAGGAGCGCCGGGCCGGGCACCCCCCCAGUCGCCCCAUGUCACCUCUGUUUGUCGCCAGCCCGCACCGCAGAGGGACCCACGGGGUUCCUUCUGCCCCCUGCAAGGGGAGCACUUUCUUACCUUUGCUCUUCGUUACUUUCCACCGACGGACCCCCCUCCUUUUCCGUAUUACAGAGACAAGGCACAGAGCAGACCACCCGUUUUCAGGAUGUUGACUAGCAACAGGGCAAUUGAACCAAAACUACAAAGUGGUAGUUAUGUCUAAUCCUUGGUACCAAAUUGGCGCUAAAUCUCGUCUGUCCUUCUCUGACCGCACAGUUCUGGCCACUGGAGAUCCACACCUCCUGCAGGCCCCUGCCAGGGUCUCCGCUGCCCCAGCCUGCACCCUCCCGCUCCCCCCCACCCCCAAAUCACAGAGAAUCCUUGGUACAUCUUGAUACUUUGUGAUACAACAAGGGGUGUUUCACGGCCCUUGCUUGGCUCUGGGUGUCACGUCGUGAGAAGUACAUUGACAAAUUUUGAUAGUUUUGAGGGAUCUGGAAACCAUCUUACGCCGAGAAUGUCAGAGAAACUGAGGACGUGGGCUAGAGAAGAGGGCACAUGGGGAGUGGGCCUGGCCGGCACAAGUGCCCCGACACUGCAACAGGGCAGACGUACAGCUGAAGGGGCGUAUUUGCUGUUUUCAGCUCAACCCAAGCGUGUGUACACUAACCAGCCACAGGGGUACAGACUGUUCCAAGAAAAGGUAAGUGCCUCUUUAUAUAAAUUGUCCCAGCAAGAUUAGCUGACCCUCCAGCAGAGAUGUUCCCGACACCAUCCUUUUGUCGGGUGAGGGCUUGGCCUUCCCAAUCCAUAAUUGUUUAUUUCUAUGAAGAAGAUGGAGAGAGGGCAGCCCGGGUGGCUCAGCGGUUUAGCGCCGCCUGCGGCCCAGGGUGUG